AUGGCAGGAGACAUCUUGGAUGAGGCGCCAGUCCAUCGCAGGUACCAUGCAUUAAAUGAGCACCGGCGGUCAUUUGUGGAGGAUAUGCAGUUAUAUAGGGAUGCUCUACUCUUCCUGCCUGCCUUCUCAUUUCGGCGGAACACGGCUGUGUCCCUGCGUGCCCUCUACUCACUGGAGGACUUCAAUCAUGGCCCAUGGCCCAUCUUCUUUCACCCGACAUACCUGGCCAGCCUGGUAGAAUUUUGGCGUGAAAGGGGAAUUACAUCAUUACGCCUCAGCACUGGUAUCACGAUGGCCAGCCUGGCACUGGAGCUCUGCAACAAUGCCCAUCUGUACGGCUUCUGGCCCUUUGGAACACACCCGUACACCGGCCAGAAACUCAACAACCACUAUUAUGAUAACCGAAGAGUAAACAAGAGAAUGCAUGCGAUGCCAGCUGAGUUUAAAGCCUUGCUGAAUCUCCAUAAUAAGGGUGUGGUCCAUCUACAGGAGUGCACAAAUUAA